UCGCGUGAGUCGCACGGGAAAGUGAGUGGCGUGCGUGCUGCGAGUUGAGCGGUGCGCGCGCGCAAGUCACCGGCUGCGCGUGUGAGACGCUGCACCUCCACCCGCCGCCGUCUCAGCAAGACUCCCACGUGCUCUCCCCCCCCUCCCCGCAACAUAACCCCCCCACACUCCUCCGUCGUCCAGAUUGUCCGAGCAGUUCCUCUGCGGAGCGGCGAAUCGCUCGCUUCACCCGGCGACUGACAGACCGACCGCGAGCGCGAGAAGGGGACCAUGAAGACGUCGGUGUGGAUACUGGUCGCGGUGGUGGCAGUCCUCUCCUGUUGCACCAGCACUCCAGUCCCAAUGCUGAGUGAUUUGGAGAUGAGCGGCGAUGGGGAUGAUGAUAUCGGCUCGGCCGAUUUUGAUGGACCUGUGGUUGGGCCGCGCGUUCUGCCCGUGGUGGGCCAAAAGGAGUCCGGCACGGGAGAGGCGGCCUCUCCGAAAAAGCCGCGCGAAGGAGGGAAGAAAAGUGACGGGGACAAGAAAGAGGAGGGCACGGGCAAGGGUGGCGGCAAGGGUGGUGGCAAGGGUGGCGGCAAGGGUGGCCAGAAGGGGAAGAAGGGAGGGAAGAAGGGGAGAAACAAGUGUCCCAAGUCUAUGCGCAACUACUGCAUGAACGGAAAGUGCAAGUACAUCGAGCCAAUCAAGAAGGCGAGCUGCGUGUGCGAGAAGGACUACGAGGGCGAGCGGUGCGAGAAGAGGAUUCUGAACGUGUCGACGCUGCAGGCGCCCCGCGUUCCCGACUCAAUGGUCCUGGCCGUGGCGGCGUUGGCCACCGCCUCAGUGAGCCUCAUCGCCACGCUGGUGCUCAUCGCCACCAUACGGUGCCGACGGAAAAAGACUUCCACCUACGACGUGGGCACGGAGAAGGAGAAGCUGAAACUUCGUCCGGAGGAAACAUCGUCUCAUGCAUGAACCCCCUCUCCACCCUGAAGACCACAAACUCUAGUCUUAUCGGCGUAGCAACAACAGCAGCAGCAACGACAACAUUCACUUUUCAACGUCACCUUUCUACUUUGGCAACGAGGUGUUUGUGAAGGUUUGCGAUGGGCGGGAUACGUUUUCCAGGGUGGAGAAGGGCAGGUGACUGAGAUGGGCAUUGGAAUGGUACCCAGAUGUUUGUGACCCAGAGGAAGAUCUAAGACGGUGAUGGAGGUGGUGGUGGUGAUAAGACUACGACUACAGUUCUUGAAGGAUGUGUGACCUGUGAAGCAAGGGGAAGACCUAAAACCAAACAGAUGGUGGCGAUGAUUUGAUGCGAGUCGGUCGUUGAAUGUCGCGUGUUGACCGCGCAGCAUCUGCUAAACCGGGUCCACAUCUGAGCAAAUCAGUUGCGUGCAACUGGGUUGACUGCAACCGAAUCGCUUACAUGCGGACGUUUCUGCGACCAGUUGAGCAACUCCCCCCCCCCCCCCCCCCCCCCCGUUGCUCACGCCAGAUUAUAGACGAGAAUCUCGAGCAUCGAUCUGCUCCGCGAUUUGUGGCGAUGCGCUUCGUCACGUGACACACUUGCGAAUGUGCAACAAUUGGCCGUUACAAUCCCCAACCGGCCGUUCGAUUUCCCUCUUGCUCAACUGCUCGCUCAGGUGCGGACAAAGCAGUCGGGAGAGCGAUUGAUUGAGCUAUCUUGUUUGCGCAACCAACUCGGUCAGGCGGCGGACGUAGCUUUAGAGCAAAUCGAUUUUUGAUGGGAUCGCGAUUUUGUGAAGCCUUAUAACCCCCCUUAGUGUGGAGCUAGAAAGGACAAAUUAGGCAGUAUUUUUGUGUCGUUUCGUGGAACAGUGUUGAUGGUGACUAUAUCGAUAAAUUAUUCUUCACGCCUCUAUAAACAUACGUCGUAUAAUAUUAUCGUACUAUAUUAGAAAAAAAAAGUUUUGCUGGCUUGGCGCAUGUCUGCGCGAUGGUCUGCGGGUAGCGCUGACGUCAAGGCCCCCCCCCCCCCCGACAAUCCAUCCGUCCCAGCCAACCUCCACCCCUGUCGUCAUCCCAGGCAUGUGUGGGGGUAGUGCUAGUUAUAAUAAUAAACCCCCCCCAUUCAAGUUACAGGAAUGCCACCCC